UGGCUCUGCCCAGUGUGAUUUUCGAGCCCAGGUUCAACGGAUUCAUCAGGAAUCUCGUGUACGCCGACGGGGAGAACAUGGUGCCCAGGAGGCAGGAGAUGAAGAGCCGGGACGCUAAGUGUGGUGGAUUUCCGUGCGUCGAGAGUAUCAAGCGCAAAUCGCCAAGGAGUUUACGCAACAUGAUGACAGCCAAUACGACGGAUGCCUGUGAAACGCGUGAUCCCUGCCAACACGGCGGAAUCUGCAUUUCCACCGACAGUGGACCCUUCUGCGAGUGCCGGUCCGGCGAUUAUGAGGGCGCCUAUUGUGAGAAAGAAGCAUGGAGCACGGUGCUGCCUACGGCGGGUGCUGGUGAUUACUGGGCGUGGGAAUACAAUAAAGCGCCAUCAGAAGCCUCUUUCAGAGGGACCGAGUAUCUCACGAUAAAUCUGAGCAAAGGAGAUCCGAUCCUCAGCACGCUGGAAUCAAUCAGCUUGCAAUUUAAAACCAGGCAACCCAAUGGACUACUGUUUUAUUCCGCCAAUGGACGCAAUCGCGCUUCCUGCCCAGCCGGACAGGGAGAUGAUUAUCUGACCGUAUCCCUGAGAGACGGAGGGGCAGCCGUGGGCAUGACGUUGGCUAAAGGAAGAUUAGAUCUGCACAUAAAGCCAGUCCGAAUCCGCUUCGACGAUAAUCAGUGGCACAAGAUCAUCGUCCUGAGGAAGGUUCAAGAGAUAUCCUCCAUCACCAGCUUCUGCAGGCUGUCCGCCAUCGUCGAUGGGAUUUACGCGGAACACGGCCACACUGCGGGCUCGUUCACACAUUUGGCGAGCGAUCGACUGCUGGUGGGCGGUGGCGCCGACGCGAGAUCCCUGCAGGGCGCCAAGGGGAUCAACAACUUCGUCGGAUGCCUGAGGAAGGUCGAAUUCGUGGCGGAGGGGGUGAAAAUGGAGCUGAUCGACGCGGCCAGGAGCGGAGCCGCGGGCGCGGCCGCCUGGGGCAAAAUGGAUUUCCAUUGUCGGGAACCCAGAGCCUCGGACCCAAUCACCUUCACCACCAGGGACUCUCAUCUCAAGGCUGCGGCGACAAUAAGUGCAAGGCGACUUCACGGCGCCGUGGUUACCUUCACCAGCCCAGAGUCCCACCUGGUCCUGCCACCUUGGAAGGCGGCCAAGUCCGGCAGUAUAUCCUUCAAAAUCCGGACCAACGAACCUAACGGCUUGAUCAUGUACAGCCGUAGCGGAGCUCACACAAGGCAAGAUCUCUUCGCCUUCGAGAUCUUCAAUGGUCAUCUGUACCUGCACGCUGACCUCGGAAGCGGACCCGUGAAGGUGAAAUCGUCGAAACAACGAAUCGACGACGGCACGUGGCACGACGUGGCACUUCGUCGAGUCGAAAGAGAUGGACGUGUCACCGUCGACGGUUCCAUUGUCGAAUUCCGUACACCAGGUGAUUCCACGCAAUUAGAUCUCGAUGGAUUGCUGUAUAUCGGCGGUGUGGGUGCUCCAUUUGCACCCCUAACAGUCCCUCCAGUACUAUGGACAGGUGCCUUGAGACAGGGUUAUGUCGGCUGCAUGAGGGAUCUUGUCAUAAACGGGCAACCAAUAGAUAUAGCUGGAUACGCUCAGCAACAGGAUUCUGGAGCUGUCAGACCGGCUUGUCACACUCAAACGUCCCACUGUGCUUCACAACCCUGCAUGCACGGUAGCCAUUGUCUCGAGGGUUGGAACAGGUUUCACUGCGAUUGUACCGGAACACAAUACACUGGUCCUACUUGUGGAAAAGACGCAUCAACGUUACACCUGAACGGGACGCAACAAAUGACAGCGUUGAUGCCAGAAGAUUCGAAAACUCAGACCGAGGAGAUUGUAGUUCGCUUCAAAACCACCAGACCACGUGGUCUUCUGCUAGCAACGAGUUUGGAAAACAGUUCGGAUCGACUGCAAAUUUAUCUGGAAGAAGGCAAAGCGAAGAUGCUGAUUCACAUCGGGGACAAGGAGAAGACACUGGUCGCUGGACAAGGUUUGAACGACGAUAUGUGGCACACGCUGAGGUUCUCCAGGAGGGCAGCUUCCUUGAAAUUUCAGAUCGACGACGAGCCCGCUGUUAGAGCCGAAACGCAGCUUGGCAAGCAAAGCAUUUUGGAAUUCCGAACGCUGCACGUCGGAGGCUACUUGCACGCCGGAGAGGAAAUCCCACAUUUCGUUGGUUUUCUCCAACAAAUCUGGUUCAACGGCUACCCGUACCUGGAGAUAGCGCGCAGUUCCGGCAAUCAUCAGGCUUCUCAUCAAGGUGUAACACCGAUCAUCAGGGUUACGGGGAAAUUCAGCAAAAGGAACCAUCCAGUCCAUUAUCCGGUGACAUUCACAUCAAAGCACACGUUCGUCGGGUUGCCCGUGCUGAAAGCGUACGUGGAAACGAAUAUCUAUUUCCAGUUCAGAACACGCGAAGCGAACGGUUUAAUUCUGUACAACGCCGGUCGAGAACGCGACUUCAUCGCCGUGGAGCUGGUCAACGGACACAUUCAUUACGUGUUCGACCUGGGUGACGGCCCAGUCAGGGUCAGGGACACUUCGAGGUCCAGGCUUAACGACGGCAAAUGGCACGCAGUGAGCAUCGGAAGACCGGCACCAAAAAGACACACGCUCGCUGUCGAUGACCAUGUGACAGCUGUCAAUAGUCAGGGCAGCAAUGAGAACCUCGACCUGGAUGGAAUCUUAUACAUCGGUGGCGUGGAGAAGUCGCAGUACGGCCAGCUACCGAAGCAAAUUCUCAGCAGACACGGUUUCGAGGGCUGUCUGUCGUCGUUGGACCUGAGUGGCGAGAGCACCAAUCUCAUCUCCGACGCGGUGGUUCCCAGCUCUCUGGUGGAAUCUGGCUGCGACAUGUACGCCAGCAUGCACGCUGGGAAAAAGUGCACGCACGAUCUCUGCUCGAAUCAUGGCACGUGCGUGCAACAAUGGAACAGUUACACGUGCGACUGUGACAUGACCAGUUUUACUGGGCCGACGUGUAACGAAGAAGCAGCAGCUUACGAGUUCGGAGCCGGCAGAGGAAUUAUCACCUACACGUUCCCACCGAAUCAGAGGCCGGAAAUGAAGAGAGACACGGUGGCCUUGGGCUUUGUAACAAGCGUGAGCGACGCCGUCCUCGUCAGAAUAGAAUCUGCUUCGAGCAACGACUAUCUCGAGAUUGAAAUUGUGGAAGGAAACGUUUUCGCUGUUUACAAUAUGGGGACGAAUGAUCAUCCGAUCGGUGAGGUCGGUGUGAAAGUGAAUGACAACCAGUAUCACGUGGUGAGAUUCACUAGAACAGGGCCGAACAGCACGCUGCAGGUCGACGAUUACAAUUUGCAGUCCAAUCACCCAUCCGGUCGCCAAUUGACGGUGUUCAAUAGUCAAUCGACUAUUCAAGUUGGUGGUCGAUGGAAUCGCAACAAAGGCAGAGUAGAAAGGUCGUUCUUGGGCAUAAUCGCCGGUCUCGUCGUAAAUGGAGCGCGAAUUUUGGAACUCGCUGCGGCGAAGGAUGGAAGAAUUAUCACCAGAGGAGAUGUUCAGUUAUUACCUCCAGGAAGUCUGCUGGAUCGUGCUGCUCCGUUGCAGAGGAUGCAACAGACGCCGGCAUCCGGUUUCCCAGGCGUUAUGGACGACCUCAUAUUUUCCGGUGCCGGAAGUGGUUGCGCCGCCGACGACGAGGACGAAGAAUGUACGCCAAUCUACGAGCCUGGUUCCGGUAAGUACGACAUAAUAACGCCCGUCUACGUCGCGCCAACGAGGUCGCCGACGACGUUCAGGCCGAAGCAUCACAAGGAGGACCUUCAGCGCCCGUCGUGCGACGACGAGGAGGACUGCGAGGAUGGCUCCGGGGAACCCGUCACCACCGAGGAGAUCUUCGUCACAUCCGCCACUGACUCGAGCUCGGUGGCGUACACGACGGGCCGCGAGUACACGACCAGCCACAUCAGCACGCAAACGUCUCCAGGCUCGCCGUCGACAUCGACCCGGGACAUCGUCACCGACUCCGUCCAGUACAAUGUGUCAACCACAGACCUCGAAACCAGCCACGUCAGCAGUGUUGUGACGCAGAGAUCGAGCACCGUGACGACCCAAACAACGACCACGGAGAUGACGGACCCACCUCCACCGCCUCCACCGCCCAUCUACCCGCCGAUGCCGACGCCGCCGAAGAACAACAACAACAACAAGAGGAUAACGUCCGAGGCGGCAGAGAACGCGGCGCUGAUAAUCGGCAUCAUAGCCGCCGCAUUGAUCGCCAUCGUGCUCAUCAUUCUCAUCAUCCUCAAGUUCAAGAAUCGUCCAGAGACCAGCUACAAGGUGGACGAGACGAAGACCUUCUGCCAGGACCCGAACGCGGCGCUGCUCGGCGCCGCUGGCUCCGGCCAGCCGUUCAACGGGCCCAUGAAGAACGGCGCAAAUGGCAGCAAAGCGAACAAGAAACGAGAACUGAUAGACAUCAAAGAGUGGUACGUGUAGAGACGGCCAGCCUUCGAGAUUCACGCGUCCGCUUGAGUGGCGCACGUGCUCUUGAAAACCUCGUGGCCAGGUGAACACGCGAGUCCAAGAACUUGACGAGGAACGUGUGACAGCCUCUUCUUAGGUCCUUCGUUGGUGCUAGGGGAACUAUUUAGCUAUUAGUUUUUCGACGCGUUUCUCCACGAACGUUAGAACGGGCUGUGUUCCUCGCGGAUAAACGCGGCGAACGAGAGAGGAGACUGCGCCCGAGACGAGUCGUCUCGAGCGAUCUUCGCAGACGUCGUGAUGCGAUCGUUGUUCCGGCGGCACACGACCAGACAGGCAAAAUCCCAUCUCCUCCGUGUCUCAGCCGCCGGUCAACCUUAGGUGAAUCAGCAUUAUAAGCAUAUCCAAUGUUAUAUCGAUGGAGAUCCAGCCUGGUCGACGCUGUGCGCGACGAUCCUGUCGGCGGAGGCUGCGCGCGUCCAGGAUGGAAGACACCGAGCGGUUCGAAGCUCGCUGCGGCGAUCGGCGUGACGAGACCGAUCGCGUCGACUGGAAAGGCAGAGGAAGAGGCAGAUGAAGAAACGCAGACGCGAAAGAGAGAAGAAGGGAAAGGGAUAGAGGCACGGAAGGUGCGUUGCGGAAGGAUGUAUGGAAUGGUUGUGCCGAUCGAAAACGUGUCCGAGCGGACGUGGAGCAUGGCGUUGUUACUCUUCGUCAGAGCGACGCUCGGCUUUAGUUGCAGCACUUUGUCGGCGCUAACGCGACGUCGAGCACAGGCGACGCGACUCGGAGCGUUGAGUCCUCGAAAUACGAGCGCGCCACUUGCCCGAAAAAAGAAAAGAAAUUGAAAGGGAGAGACGAAUAUUCUCAGAUAAAAUCAAACUUCCUCGUUGCUAGAUGUGUUGUUAGUUGUAUAUUCGUUGUACAUGCACAGGUUCAUCGCGCAUUCAGGUGCACGAUGAUCCUGCUUCAGGCGGAGCGUUCGAGAGGAGAAACGAUCGUUCGAGGAGACUUAAAUUGUGCGCGCCACGUAUUUCGAGGAUCGGCAAAGACCAGCAGAGUCUUUCUACCAGGAGAGUAAAAUUCGCUUUGGUUCGGACGUUGCCAUAGUCCAUGAAGCGCGCGCGCAGAGCGACGAGAAAGUGUUGGAAUUAACGCGCAAGAACGAAAGUAUCAAUACGAACGAUCCUAUCUAGCGAUUAAUGAACUUAUUGUUGUAUAGAAGAAAGCAAAAAACAAAAA